CAUUUCCCUGUUAACGAAAAUGCUGGAGAGCAUGAUCCAAAAAUAGAGCUGAGGCCUGCCCUGCUUGACCUCAUGGUGAGAGGCCCCAUCCUGGCUGUCCCAGGACCCUAAUCAUCAAUAAGGUUCAUGCAGUGAAGCUGACUUCUGAGUCAUGUUCAUGGGCUGCUCCUGGUCUCAGGCGAGACAUGGGAUGGUCACAUUCUCCGUGGGCCCGUCUCCUCAUCUUUAAAACCCACCUCAAGAUUGAUAGAGCAAAACAUAAAAUGCGCAAGGUGAUUCGUCUAGAGAAACGCGUUCUACACACGCACCAGCUACAUCUUCAUAAUCGAGCUUUCAUUUGUCGACCAGAGAGCAUCGGAGGACCUGGGUCUGAUCCAUCAAAGAUGCGGUCUUGCCCCAGGGAGCGGAGGACUGGAGCAGUUCCCGCCUCAUUUCACUUUUCCAAGUCCCCAUUGGCUGAUUCCUACCAUCGAUCCGCCUCGUCCCCGCUGUCUUCUCCUAUCACCGCCGCCGUUAGCCUCUCAUCCUGUGCUCUCAUUGGUCCUCCCCGCAAUCGCUCUGCGCCAGGAGCGUUCCAGAGGCAGCCACUGGGAGUCGCUGGAUUUGGUUUUUAAAAAACGCCGGCGGUGAAUCCGCGGCGGAGCGGGCAAUUUGAACGCCACCCAGCCGGGGCACGCGGCCGGGGCGCUGCUGGCCUUCCCCUGAACCCCAGCCUCUGCCUCCGGACCCGGAAGGCCGAGAAGGAGCCGCGGUCCGCAACCCUGAGCGCCAGCCAUGGGCCCGCGCCGCCGGAUCCGCAAGCCCGAAGCCCCAAGGAGGCGCCCCGCGAGCCCGGCUCCCGCCCCCCCCCGGCCGGGCCCACCCUUAGGCGCUCCCUCCCGUCCACUUGCUCGCCGCAGAUACCGGGUUCUGAAGGAGAUCCGAACUCUUCAGAAGAGCACAAACCUGUUGUUAAGGAAGACCCCCUUCUGCCGCCUGGCAAGAGAAAUAUGUGCUGUAUUCACUCGUGGUGUGGACUUCAAUUGGCAAGCCCAGGCCCUGUUGGCCCUACAAGAGGCAGCAGAAGCGUUUCUAGUUCACCUCUUUGAGGAUGCCUAUCUCCUCUCCUUGCAUGCCGGCCGUGUCACUCUCUUCCCGAAGGAUGUGCAGCUGGCCAGGAGGAUCCGAGGCAUUCAGGAGGGGCUCGGCUGAGCUCCUGCCGCCCGUGACGGGAUGAUACCAGGGACUCUGCCCGUAACUAGGACCAGAUCACGGAGUACAAGGUGGUGCCUGGACUUGCUGUCUCUGAGCAGAGCGUGUGUGUUGCUUUUGUAAUUAGGUUUUUUUAAGAAGGAGAAGACUGCAUGGCUUUCCUCUGUAACAGAGGUGAUACAUGACAGAAUCAACACAUUCCAAAAGUCCUGACAAUAAUUUUCAGAUGAAGAGACUCCAAGUUUGACUUCACUUUGCAAAUUAUUCACACACCUGAUGAUUUGGAAGACAUCAGAUUUUCUAGGUUGUGAGAGCAAAGGAUAUUUACUGAUUAUUUUAGAUCUUUCUGUACCAUUUAAAUUUUUUUACCAUAUGUAUAUUUACUCUUAUUUAAAGCAUAAGGGAAAAAAUAAGAGAAGACCACUUCAGCCGGUUGCAUGGAAGAGGCUGGCGCAUCCAGCCUGCAAAUCUCUGUCCUUCAGUUUGACGUCAUGAUCAGUGGCUGCAGCAAGCCCCUGUGUGGACUGUGCCUGUCAACAGACCGCACAGCUUUUCAAAAACUCACUUGGGAUGGAAACAGGAAAUCGUUAAGGUUUGAUGGCUCCUGGCUCCUUCUGGUAAACUCCUAUCAAAAUCAUUCAGAAAUUCUAGCUUGUAGAAUUUAUUUUAUUCUUAUUUGCAAGUCAUAGGCGAUGUAUCGUAAUUUAUACUGCAGAAUUCUUCAUUCCAGGACUUUUAAGAGCCUUUUCAAUGUUUUUACAGGUAUUUUUUAUAACUCCCUUGGGGAGAGAUAAUAAAAAUAAUUCUUUAAUGAGAAAAAGUUGAAGCGAAGUCACUAUUGUACAGAGAUUAUACUGUGUCCUUUGUGUGUUAGCGUUAAGUUCUUCAUUUGGACACUUGGCCAACAGCCACCAUUUAAACAAGAGACUUCAGGGAUGUGUUUUUGUCUCCAGUGGAGUAGAGCGUGAGCAGAUAAAAACCUUGCCCAUCUCUUGUAACUGAAAGCAGCUUAAGAGAUCUCCAGAGAAAUGGGAAGUGCCACCCGAAGACUCUUAGAUAUUGUGCGUAGUGAAAAUGAUUAGUGAGGGCGGACACUAAUAAUGAUGUGUCAGCCAACUGAACUGCAAGACAAACUAAAGGGAAAAGGACCAAGUUCUGUUGUGUGAUAGAUUUUAACCCUUUGGAAAAACCGUUUCCUGUUCGACAUCAACUCAUUUUUAUGUAGACAUUGGAAUAAAGCUUA